AUGCGAUACCGGCAGUGGCUGUGGAUGGGGCUAUGCAUCGACUUUGUCCUUGAGGAGAUCAUGGGCCGAGUUUGCGGGCUGCACAGCCUUCGACUCUUGGGCCCACCGUUGAGUUCCACUGGCGCCACGCUUGUGGAGUACCGCACGCUGGCAUUUGCCGCGGGUUUGGUCGCAGCUGCUGCGCAGGCUCGUGUGCUCGAGCUCCUCCAGCGCCGGUCCGUUCUGCUGCGGUUGCUCGGUGCCAGGAAGGCUUUCCUAGGCGGCAUCACUUUGCUGCUGAUGGGCGCCUUCGCAGUGGUGCAGCAACCGCGAACCAUGACUUUCUUGCGGGAGGUCUCCCCUACGCCGUGGUGGUGCUGCAUGAUCCUCUGGCUUCGUCAGUAUGGGGCCCUUGUUGGCGGUCUCAUCCCCUUGGUCUUCUACGUGCUUCAGCAGCCGCAGUCCUUCGGGCGUUUGCCCAUGGAUUCGCUGGUGCCUCUCUCCGUCGGAGUGGGAGGUGUACUAGGUUAUUUGUUCUGCCAGUCCUUUACCAUACUCUGGCAAGAGAAGCGCGAGCAUCUGGAAUCCGACUACCGCGUGAUCUUCCUCUUCCCACACAUGAGCUCACAGGCAAGGUCGAAGGCCUCUGUGGCCAUGCGCGUGGCGCUGAAGCGGGGUGCGGAGGCGACCAAGAACACAGCGGCCGAGUGGGUCGCUGCCAGAGCUGUGAGGACCAGCAUGGACUUCUUCCUCCGAGCUCUUACCCGGCGCACCGCACUCCCUGUGGACUAG